GUAAACAGUCGUAUCUUUUUAACGAGAUAAUUACCUUGAAUAGCAGGACACAGGGAUUUUGUAAGGUCCUAGUAUUGAAUUAUAAUGUUUCCGUGAUACGUGUCACUUCUAACAAAAAAUUGACACGUGCAAUCAGUAACAAACCUUCAAAAUGGCACUGGAAAACUUCAGAGAGAUCUUGAGCGUGACUGCCACUGUCACAACGAUUAUUCAAUUUUUAACCGGAGUGAUUAUUUGUGCAAGUAUUCGAAAAAAAGGAAUUUCUGGAGAAAUUUCAGGUUUCCCAUUUAUAGCUGGUGUUCUGGGAUGUAGUUUGUGGCUUCGCUAUGGGAUGCUCAUGAAAGAUUCUGCAAUGAUAACAGUAAAUGCAGUUGGACUUGUACUUCAGAUGUCUUAUGUUUGCAUGUACUAUGUAUAUGCAACACACAAGGAAGCAUACCUAAAACAGGUAUUGAUUGUCUUAUCUGUGGUUCUUACUACCAUGUUUUACGUGGUAGUAGAAACUAAUGAGGACAAGGCUGAAUUCAGAUUAGGGUUGCUCUGUUGUGCCACCACCUUGAUCUUCUGUUCUGCACCUCUUGCCACAUUGGGUGAUGUCUUGCGGACACGCAGCACCGAAACCUUGCCAUUUUAUUUGAUCCUUGCCAAUGUUCUUGUAGCAGCGCAAUGGUUUCUUUAUGGCGUGGCAGUUCACAACACUUUUGUUCAAGUGCCUAAUUUCAUCAGUUGCCUUAUUGCCUUAUUCCAAUUGGCAUUGUUUGCCGUCUUCCCGAGUACCAGUACUCGCACAAAGCUUCAAAACGUCGUUUAAUAUUACAUUAAACGUCAAAAAUGAGGAACUCCUGCUCCGAAUGGUGUCGCAUUGUUUAUUUUACACGAUCGCGAAGAUUUAUGAAACAGCCAGUAUUUUUGUUACUUUCAAUCGUCCCAUCUGCUCUUUUUCUUCACGGGCCGUUGUCCACUACCUUCGGCUGAACUUGAAUCGGAAGCCAAAGGUUGAGGUGGUUUACUAUCAGAGCUGCUGCAGAACUGUCAAGUCCACAACAAUUUUGAUUUAUCUACUACUAUGUGUGUUACUUAACAAAAUAAAUAAAUAUACCUGUUGUUUAUAUUGAGA